GGCUACCAACAGUUCCAGCUCCCCGGCUCUCCAAUUCCCGAUCUUUCUCCCCUUCUUCAGCUUCACCAAAACUACCUCUCUCUACAAUCAAAUUAUGAGUGUCUAUCUAAAGUCCAGCCGCCAUCUUUUUGCUUAAAAGCUAUUCAGUUCUUUUAAUUUUUCUUAAUAACAACCCAUCAUUACCCAGCAAAUUAUGAAGUGCAUUACUGCUUGUUUUGGUUCCUUAACCAACCAUUCUGGCAAGAACAAAAAGCAUCAUCUUAUCCCGCCACCUCCUCGUAAAGAUCUGCAGAGUUUGAUUGAGAAAGAUGCUACAAAAGAAGCUCUUUUAUACACCAAUCAGGCAGCUGAACAAACCCAGAUUGCUAAUUCGGCUAUUAAGGGAAAGAACGAAGAUCAAUUGAAUAGCAGCACCAGAAAGAAAGUCACCUUUGAUUUAGACGUAAAGACCCCCGACCCAGAAGAAUGCCAGAUACAAAAAGAAGCCGUUAAUUUCCCAGUUGAAAUUAACGUCGAGGAGAAGCCGGAAGAAAGCAAAGUUGAGGUGGGUCAAGGCAUUAAUUGUGGCUCAAGUGGUGAAAAGGGAGAAGAGACAUCAAAGAGAGCAAAGAUCAGCGAUGAGGCGGACUUGAUGAUGUCCGAAUCGAGUGUUUCCAGCCUUUUCUCUUACCCUCCCAACUUAAGGUACCAGAACUGUGCAUCCAGUGAUGAAGAUGAUUUUGUUGGUAUGGAUUUCAAGGACACCAAUUUGGCUGCUGACAGCGAGUCUGAUGACAAGAAUGAGGAAAUUGAUAGCAAGUACACAGUCCAAAAUGGCAGUCAGGAUACUGCAUUAGUUCCGGAAGAUUCGUCGGAAUCACUAUUCUCAUUGUCCAUUGAUUCUCGGAAUCAAAUCGCAGCAGUAGAGAAUGAUGUGGGCGAAUCCAGAGAGAAUGGUGAAAUUGGUAGCAAUAACAGAGAGAAAAGUGAUGGUCAGGAUUCUGCGUUAUUAUUAGUUCAAGAAGAGUCGUCUGAAUCAUUGUUCUCACUGUCUAUUGAUUCUAGGAAACAAAUUGCAGCUUUAGAUACUGAUGUGGGUGAAAAAGAAGUCUCCAGCCCACUUAAGCCACCAAGUAAGCGAGGAAAUGCCAGAGAAAGGAGCAAUUGUGUUCAAUCUGUUUUGAACCCAAUAGAAAAUCUGAGUCAAUGGAAUGCCGUAAGAGCCAAAACCACCCCACCAAUUACUACUGAUCAGGACAAGGAGAAUGUUAAUUUGGAGCAAGAAAAUGAUACGUUUUCUUUCUGGGGAAAGCCAACAAGUUUCAAGAAAUCACCACAGCAGCUUUCGAGGCGAUUUUCUAACCGCCAUAAAGAUGAUGAAAUUGCUGUCGACACAAGCCUCUCAAGCUGGUUAAUGUCAUCUGAAAUGAAUGUAACCGACGAGAAUAGUCCUGCUUCUGUGGGGAACUCUUCCUCAAAGAGAACAAAUACCCCGAAAAGCGUGGAGGGUAGGCAAAUUCUGUGAAUACUGACAGAAAAAGAAGCUAACAGAGAGUUCUCAAGUAAGCGAUCCAAGAGCCAGAGUCCUGAUGACACACUCCUACGAUAGGCACCGAAGGGAGUUACUGGAGACACAUUACAGAGACCAGCGGUGAUGUCUUUGGUUCAACAACAGGCACCGAAGCUUGUUUUGCUUGCUCUUUUAUGCUUUAGAAUCCAUAAUAAACAAGAGUUCUUUGAGUAUUUGAAGAGUCUACUUCAUGACAGUCGUGUGUCUUUAUAUUGAUUAUUGCUUUUGAACUUUAAAUAGUUAUAUUAUCAAAGAAAAUUAAUGCUUUUGAGAUUUUUGCAGAGGCAGCAGGGUGGGACUGGAUAUUAGGAUAUUGG